AGCAAACGGAGAAAGCAGCAGAUUCCAGUCAGAUGCAAGAGACAUUAUUAUGCAGGUUCAAACCCACCUGGAAAAUCCAAUGAGGUAUCACAUUCAGCAAAUUCCACAGAAUCAAGUGAAGCAGCUCCUGACAUUGGAUGCCAAGUUGUCUAGCCAACCUCUAUCACUGCCUCAUUCCCAUUCAAUAACUUCUUCAGGAUCUACACCUAUAUUAAACAGCGGUCAUAUGCCUCCUACUAGUAAUAUCAGCAUUCCUGAAAGUCCAGUAACCAAGAUACUAACUCUUGGAGGAGAACAUGAAAAUGGGAUGGAAGAAGUUAUUGAUGAUAUAAUCAACAUGGAAUCAAAUUUUGAUGAUAAAGGGAUAAGUCGCUCUGAAACACCACUGCUCAUGCCAAGAGUGCCUUCAAGUAGCAUUCUGGAUAUGUACAACAGUGACCAAGGAAUGACAGCUGCUAAUAUGGGUCUUACCAAUACUUCCUGUCCUUCUAAUUUGCCUGUUAAAAGGGAAAUCACAGUUUUGCUUUCUGUCACAGAUACACGAGCAAUGGCAAAAGAGAGACAAAAAAAGGACAACCAUAAUCUCAUUGAAAGAAGAAGGAGGUAUAACAUUAAUUACCGUAUCAAGGAGCUUGGCACACUUAUUCCAAAGUCUAAUGAUCCUGAUAUGCGUUGGAACAAAGGAACUAUUUUAAAGGCAUCAGUGGAGUAUAUCAAGUGGUUACAGAAAGAACAACAGAGAGCGCAGGAAUUAGAACAGAGACAGAAGAAAUUAGAACAGGCUAAUAGACGACUGUUGCUUCGAAUUCAGGAACUAGAAAUACAAGCACAUGCCCAUGGACUACCAAUCAUGUCUUCAAUAAGAGUGGUUGACUUAGCAUCCCGUGUCAUGAGGCAACAGGCAUAUCCAGAAGAUAAUUCAGUAGACUAUAUUCAACAUCUCACUGUGGCCCACGAGCAACAUGCUGAUCUAGGUGACCCAGCUGCAGCCUUUUCUGAUCCACUCUCCCACUUUACAGACUUGUCUUUUAGUGCUGCCUUAAAAGAGCAGAGAUUGGAGGAAAUAUUAUUAGAUGAUGCAAUAUCGCCACUUGGGAUAGACCCUCUUCUAUCUUCUGUGUCUCCUGCUGUAUCAAAAGGAAGCAGCCGAAGGAGCAGUUGCAGUUCAGGUGAUGGUGAUGAUGAUGAUGUAUAAUGUGGAAAAAACAUUCCAUAGGUAGAAUAGAAGGAAUUCUCCCUUACUUUAUUGGUGCUAUAUUUAUGUUGCUGCUCGUUUCAGCAUAAUAGGGGUUGAUUGCUGAUAGAAUCUGUUUUAGGAAGGGUUGAGUGUGAAAUAAAAAAUAGAAGAAAACUUCCAGCAUUAUGGAAAGUGGUAAGAUUUUACUCUCAGGCAAGACAAGGUGGCAGAGCAGGGGGACACAUAUUCAAGGAGAACAUUGCUCUUCAUGUAUACAGGGCAAACAUUUUGAACAAAAGGUUAUUUUAUUCAUUAAAAAUCAAGUUCCUGAGUCGUGAGGAGAAGUUUCAGAUAACCCUUUGCCCUCUGUGCAUGGAAGUUAAUGCAAAGAGGGCCUGCUGUUCCUUUUUCUCCUGGAACAUGUGGGGAUUCUUACCAUUUCCACAAUGCCUUUGUUUGGAAGUGAUGGGACUCCAGUAUUAUAUAGCUUUCAGAUACAGAAGUGGGUUGUUAUUACAGAAUGUUGGGAUCAAGGGUAGCC